UUUUCUUUUUUUUUUUUUUUUUCUUUUUUUUCCCCGCCCAACCCACACGCAUCCCACAGCUUGCCUUUGGGAAUGCACAGACGCCAAAUCCCCAGAUUCGGGGUGUGUGUGUGUGUGUGUGUAUCGAUCAUUUCAAUGGUCACCAGACUUUCUCGCGUCUUUUUACAGAAAAAAAAAUUGGACACAUCAUCUGGGAUAGGGUUUCUUUUUAUUGUUUCCAUUUAUCAUGUUAACAAUAUGUAUAUAUAUAUAUAUAUAUAUAAGAGUAUAUAGGUUGUGUGUAGGUCAACUUUUUUCAUCUUUUUUUACAUGGGUUGUA